AUGAAUUCAAAAUCAGAAGCAGUGGCUUAUUAUUUGGGACCUGAUAGUCAAAAUGAAUUGAUAUCACUCACUUCUGACAACAUUUUGAAAGAAAUCACCAAUCGGACGAAGUCUGCUGAAUACUACAGCAUUAUAUUCGAUUGCACGCAAGAUAUCAGCCAUCAGGAACAAAUUACCAUGAUCAUCCGUUUCGUUGAACUUCAAAAAGACAAAGCCGAAAUCAAAGAUUCCUUUGAUGAGGUUUUCAAGGUUGCUGACACAAGUGGAGCUGGACUGUUUGAAUUGCUCUUGGAGAAGCUUGCUUCCUUGGGUUUGGAUCUGAUGGACUGUAGAUACCAAAGCUAUAAUAAUGGCAGUAAUAUGAAGGGGAAAUAUUCUUGCGUCAAAGCAAGACUUCUAUAG